CUCAUAGCUCGUCGUGCCUUGAGAACACUACACCAACACAACACAUACAAGAUGAAGGUGGCGGCGUUAGUGAUGGUCAUGGUGGUGGGUGUGACUCUGGCUUUCCCCUCUGAUUCCUACAAUUCGGACCCCAUCCCCUACAACUACGCCUACGGUGUUAAGGACGAAUACUCCGGCACUGACUUCGGCCACAGUGAGGACUCCGACGGCUCCACAGCGAAGGGCUCGUAUAAAGUAGUACUUCCCGACGGCCGCAUACAGACAGUGACCUACUUGGCAGACCACUACGGCGGCUACCAGGCUCAGGUGAGCUACCAGGGCGAGGCUCAGUACCCCCACGAGUACGGCCCUGCCAUCACCUUCAAGCCCCAGACGUACCAGCCCUCUUACGGCCCCCAGCCCUCUUACCAAUAACUGACCUUGUUAUACCUCUCCUAGUGCACGCUGUAGUGUCUAAGAUAAUUAAACGUGUUGAUUCCUAA